AUAUAAUUAUAGCUGCAAUUACUAACAAAUCAUAGUUUACUAUUUGAACCAAAUAGAAAAAGGAUCUCUGUUACAGAUGAUGAGAAAAGUAGUUGAUGUACUAUUUUUGCAUGCAAGAGUCACUAUUCACCAAGCAACAACCAAGGGCGAGAUUGAAUGAAGACAGAAGUUAAAGGACUUAACUGCUUAUAAAAAAAUAUAUCAGAAGGCUAUUUAACAAUUAACCUAAAUCAAUGGGUCAAUUUGAAGCUUUCGGUAAGUUAUUGCUAUACUGUUCUUUUAGCUUCACAAUGGAAUGUUGAGAGAGAGAGAGAAUUUAAGGCUUACUUCUGCUCAGCUGUAAUGGAGAGGCGCCAAGCCCCCAUUGAUUCUUGUUUCUUAGGUGAAAAUUUGGAUGUAGAGGGCUUACAAGGAGGAUGUAUAAACACAGAAAGCUUGAGAUUUGAAGGAGAAGAAGAAGAACCUCUGUUCUUAAUGUCAAGUUUGGAAGACAGAAUGCCUUUUCCUCAAAUGCUACAAAGUGUAGAAUCCCCACCAUUUUUCCCCUUCAGAGAACCUAACUUUCAGACAUUAUUGAAACUUCAACACCUCACAAGGCCAUGGGAUAUGAACACAUACAUCAAUGAAACGAAAACCCAAGUUCAAGCUCUAGAGCUUGAAAGUUGUGUCACCCAUGACAUAUCUGAUUUACACUCACCAACCAAAUCUGAAACCAAAGGCCUUCAGAACCCACUUUCAGAUUCGUGUCUUGAAGAUGCAAGCCCCGAGUCUAACCAAAGACGAGCCAACUCAGUAGGCAAAGAACAAAACUCCUUGUUCCCGUGGACUCAGCCACAGAUCACACUUAACGAGACCAACUGCUCCAAACAUUCUCAGAUAGUCCCUAAGGAACGGAGAAAGCGAAAGCGAACAAGGAAAAUAAAGAACAAAGAAGAAGUAGAGACUCAGCGCAUGACCCACAUUGCCGUCGAACGCAACCGCCGUCGCCAAAUGAACGACCAUCUCAAUUCUCUCCGGUCUCUCAUGCCCUCCUCCUACGUUGAAAGGGGUGACCAAGCGUCGAUUGUAGGAGGUGCAAUAGACUUCGUGAGGCAGCUAGAGCAGCUUCUACAGUCUCUGGAAGCGCAAAAGAGAAUGAAAGAAAGGGAACCAGCAGCAACCCCCAUGGGCAUUUCGUCGAACGGAUUGUUUACACCGCAGGCAGAGUGUAAUAUCCAGAGGGAUAGUGGCAAUAGCGAAGAGGAAGCUAAAGUGAAGAGAAAAUCAGAGGCAGCUGUGAUAGAGGUGACAGCCGUACAAAACCAUGUAAAAUUGAAGAUUCAGUGUGAAAGGAGGACAGGCCAGUUGGUGAGAGCUAUCGCUGCAUUGGAGGAUCUUAGCCUUCUAGUUUUGGAGCUUAACAUCACGUCUUCCGAAACUUCUGUUCUUUACUCAUUCAAUCUUAAGAUAGAGGAUGACUGUAAGCUGGAAUCAGCGGAUGAAAUAGCAGCAACAGUUGAUCAAAUAUUCAGCACUACCAACGGCAGUUGAUUGGUCAAAUGAUACUAGUACGCAAGCCGACUCUAUGACCCUAAGUGUCCUUUACAGUGUAUUCAAAACGGACGAGAAAAGCUGGAACUGGGUUUUUGGGGAUGGUCGACGGGGAACAUAAACACAGGGUUGCUCCAUUAAUUGUCUCCAGGGCCACAAAGCAGACGAUGUUUACUGCUCAACUUCAUUAGAAAAUUUAAAAAGAAAAACUUGUAAUAUUAUCUGUUGACAGCGCUAGUUGGUAGAUAGCAUGGGCGUGAUUGGGAUGUUCCAUUGGUGGAGCUGAGCUUGCCUGCAGGUCAAAGAGUGGGGCUAUAUUAUAUUAAAUUGACUUUAUGGAUAUGGAUGUUUUAUCGCCAUAUAUUGUGCAGUUUUCUACUGCGCAUGCAGCCUGUUCUUCGUACCUCCUUUUCGACUUCAACUGGCUUUUGUACAAAUUCUAUUCCAUCGCUUCUGGGUUCUGCUU